AUGGUGCUCCCGAGGUACGUGGCUUUCAAAUCCAAGGCAGAUGACUUGUAUUUGAAGUACGUAAAAGAAGAUGUUCAAAUUCAUGGAUACAUCAAGUACGAUGCACACAAUGUGGUGACCCCUCACACAAAAUAUGAAGUGGAGCCUGCUAAAGUUGGCAAAGGCUUUGUGAAUAUCAGGUGUUGUUACAACAACAAAUAUUGGGUUUGUCCUUCAAUCAACACUCAAUAUGUGGUUGCAGUAGCUGAUGAACCAAAUGAAGAUCAAUCCAAUUGGGCGUGUACGUUGUUUGAACCCAUCUUUGAUCCGGAUCAUCAAGCCUAUCGGAUUAAGCAUGUCUACUUUGGCUACAAUACAUGUAGUUGGAGGGACGGCCUAGCUCGGGACAGGUGCUUGUAUAUGGGGUAUUCAACUCCAGACGCCAACCUCUGCGAUCUUCAUGUUGCUAUUGACUGGGAAUCAUUCUAUGUUUUACCCAAAUAUGUUGCAUUUAAAGGUGACAAUGGAAAUUACCUUCAAGCAUGCUGGUUUCAAGGGCUUCCAUAUCUCCAAUUUUCUGCUGAUGAUAUUGGAGAUCCAAAAGUGGGAAAUGAAGUUUCAACAACAAAUGAUGGAAAUGUUCGCAUUAAGUCAAACCACUUUGGAAAAUUAUGGAGACGGAGUCCAAAUUGGAUUUGGGUAGAUUCAAAUGACACCACUGGAAAUAACAAAGAUACAUUAUUUUGGCCGGUAAAAGUUGAUAACAAGUUUGUGGCGCUUCGUAAUUUGGGUAACAAUUAUUUUUGUAAGAGGCUCACAACGGAGGGUAAGACAAAUUGUCUUAAUGCUGGUGUCCCCACCAUCACUAAGGAAGCACGCUUGGAGAUACAAGAGUUGGUUCUUUCCAGAAGCAUCUAUAAUGUCAUAUUUCAUCUUUUGGAUGCACGGAUUUAUGGACAACAUGUCAUCACCAUGGCCAAUGGAGAUGCUAGUAAUAGUUCCAAUAAAGAAAACACUAUAGAUAUGAAGCUCCAUUACACGAUUUCUGAGAGUAAUAAAUGGUGUUCCACUGUUUCUGCUAAAGUCGGUGUACAGACAUCAAUUCAAACGGGUAUUCCACUGAUUGCAGAGGGAAAAAUUGAAAUGUCUGCUGAGUUUUCUGGCGAAUAUACAUGGGGAGAAACUAAAUCAAAAUCAUCUGAGAUAGAGACCGUUUACACUGUAACUGUGCCACCCAUGUCUAGGGUGAGAGUGAGUCUACUCGCAACAAAAGGUCAAUGCGAUGUCCCAUAUUCGUAUGCUCAACGUGACACUCUUAUGAAUGGGGACCAAGUGACUAAUUAUUACGAUGAUGGAAUAUAUACUGCCGUCAAUUGCUACAACUUCAAAUAUGAGACUAAGCAAGAGCCGCUGUAA